AUGAUUUCUUUUUCAUUAUUUAUAUUGAUAGUUGCCCCUGAAAUCUUCCAAUCUCCAAGAGAUACCACGGAACUAGAAGGACAAACGGCUGUGUUCAAUUGCGUAGUAGGAGGAUACCCUACACCUGAUGUUGCUUGGGAAAAAGAUGGAGUGGAAUUGAAUGUGGCUGCACAUGCGCGACUUAGUGUGUCUUUCAAUGAUGGAAACCACCAAUUGAUCAUAUCAAAUGUUCAACAAUCGGAUGCAGGGCAAUACAGAUGUGUUGCUAAUAAUAGUUUGGAUACCGCGACUUCAUUUUCAGCAACCCUAACAGUACAUUGUAAGUCUAAGAGUCGUUUUUAGUGAAACGUGCGAGUGUUGAAUAUUCUUUUAUUUGUUUUGUUUUGUUUUGUUUUGUUUUCUAAUCGUUGUCCAUAGGUAAUUCAGGUUAUUAUUUUUACAAACCCUACAAAUUUUUGUGGUUUGUGAAUUUGCUCUGCAUUUGACUUUAACUACUCAGUUGCUUAAUUUAAAAAGUUAUUUAGUACUUCUAUGGAUAAAUGUAUAUGUUGGCCAUUGGCGCCAAUACAUCAAUACUAUCCAUUAGAAUUUUACUCUGUAAUUGCCAGGUUUUCUCUCUCUGCUGCUCCAUAUCUUGUUCCUCUUCUUUCAUAAACCUUUCAGUCCACAUGUAAAUUAUUUUGACAAAUUCAGCACUAUCCGCAAAACCUGUCAUGGGAAUAUGCAGACUCACAUGUUCUAGCGCACAGUUUUGAUAUGAUACCAGUUAUGCUUGAAAAGUUAUAUCGUCUAUACACAUAGGAUGAAAAAGUAAAUAAAUGAUGAUGAUACAAUUGUAAUUAUUAAAUCACAUUUUAGUUGAUCCAGAGGUUACAAUCGAUGGUGAUAAAGAGAAGAUUGUGGCUAAGGGCGACAAUAUCAAGGUAACAUGUCGGCACAAGGCCCUACCGCCUGUGGCUGAGGUACAGUGGAUAAAAGAUGGAGAGGUGAUUUCAACAAAUUCCACGAAAAUGAUAAACAACUCCCGAUUGAAUAUUCUGCACUUCAAUGAAAGCCUCAUACAGUUGUCGAUCAGUGCAGCUAUCGUGGCUGAUAGUGGGAAUUACACUUGCAAUGUCACAAAUAUUGUUAAUAGUUCAUCAGACUCGACAUCUAUCAUUGUCGAAGGUAUGUAAGAGCUGUUGACAAAUUCUCAUUUACUCGUGUUUUAGGGUAGGACAGCCAUAAGCUGGGAUUUCUCCUCACAGACUUCGAAGAAAUGAGGACAGUUUUUAAGGUCUAAUUAAAAAGAAAUGUGAAAUCACCCGUUACCUAGAGUAAGAUUUCGCCUGAGGCUCAAGGGCUGUCCACAAAGUGCAUGUUGAGGAGAUAAGUAGCAACGACUGUCUCGUUCGUUUAUCUUUAAAUAUUUACUGUGUGCGCAGGUGUGCGCAGGAAUACCGAGUUACUGAUUAUUGGUAAUGGGGACUUCUUGAUGUGUGCUGGGACAUCCCGAUUUUUAAUGAGAUAGAUUAUAAGCUACUCUCAGAGAUGGCUACAACCUACUGGAAGUCCCAGUAAUCAUCGCCUGUAACCGUUUCCGUUGCCUACAAAACUUUUAAAAAUUAUUAAGAUGAAAAUUGUAAUUUGACCCAGCACCGGGGCAUGGGUGAAUAUACAUAAUUUACACCUUAGAAAAGUAAAAUAAUUUACUUUAGGUUGAUUAGAAGAGAAAUGUUACUAUUUAUUUUCAUUUUUUCAGGGUUGCAUAAUCUUAAAACACCUCGUGACUUCCGAUGGUGUCUAUGAUAAAUUUCUUCAACGAUUAAUUUAGCGCAAAUGUAGAAUAUUUACAGCAUUGAAAACAUAGUGGAGUGCUUCAGACUUAGUUUCUUUUCUUUUUUCCCUAAUACAGUAAAGCCUUCCAUCAUAACUCAGCCAAAAAGUGCUGCCCCUGAAGAAGGAGACACCGUCAAGUUGUAUUGCAACGCUACAGGAAGCCCUAUACUGCAUAUAUCCUGGACGUUUGAUGGAUCUGUUAUAACAGCAAAUGAGAACUCCAGGAUCAGUUUAUCCAACGACUCUCAAGAAUUGACAAUAACAAGUGUGAAAAGAGGAGACAGUGGAGAUUACCGAUGUUUAGUGAAAAAUAGGGUUGGAAAUGACACCUCUGACCCCUCUUUGAUAAACGUGCUUUGUAAGUACAGAAUAAGUUUGCUUUUCUAAGUCAUGAAAUCGUACUAUAGUCGAGCUAUACCCAAUCUCAAAGACCUGACUUUUUUAGCGUUAUCGAUAAGGUAUAGACCAACUUCAGGUCGAGAGAAAUGCAGUUGAACAAAAAAAAAAAAAUAAAUAAAUAAACAGAUUUGGGCGUAAUGUAAAUUUCCGGGUUGUUUUGCUACAUUCUAAUAUAGGGGUCCAAACAGUCCCUCGUAAUCCCAGAGAUAGAAAGACAAUUACCUGCAUUACCUUUUACAAAUGAAAUACGUUCCUUUGGAGGCCAGAUAGGGCCCGAUUCUGUCAGAGUGAACGACAAGCUGUUUCUAGUUUACCCAGUAAAUAAGACAUAUCUCUUAAAUAAGAUAUAACUCUCUCAGGAAAAAAAAAGGAAUAAAAAAGUAUUUGAUCGAUCGUAGAACUGCUUAAGGUUAUGCUUGUGGUUUAUUUAUCUAUUCAUUUUCGCUAUCAAUUUUUUUUUUCAGAUCAGCCUGAAAUUAUUACGCAUCCUAAGAAUGUUACACCAGAAGAAGGACUCCCCAUGACCUUAUUUUGUAACGCGACCGGAAAUCCACCACCAACACUAUCAUGGACCAAAGAUAGAUCUCCUAUAAAUAACAACCAAGGGAUCCCUUUUUCAGGAGACAACGAGACACUGUUUAUAGCGAGUAUUAAUAGAUCGGAAAGCGGAAAUUACAGAUGUGUUGCCAGGAACGGUCUCGGAAAUUAUUCCUCAAAUCCUGCAAAAGUCGACGUACAUUGUAAGUGCUCCAGUUAUUCUUUUCUGUCUUUUUCCUAAUUUGGAAGGAGAAAUUCUGUACAGUUGAUAGGAUUAAAAAGGUAUUUGGCACAAAUGAAUGUGAAGGGGGAAGUAGCGAUGGGUUCCUAGGAGUUGAAAGCAACAACCUCAGGAAUCACCUUUCAAAUCUUAAACUGAGUUAAUGUCAAGUAUAAAUCAAUUUAUGAUUUCAUUGGUGUCGCAACUUGUGCAAAAGAAACGAAAUGUUUGGGGCCGAAAGUUGAAUGUGCGCCUAGUAUUCACAAACAGAUAUCUGGCUUGUUAUUUCAAUUCCCUGUUGCGUAAUUUUUUCCUAUUCUUCAAGAAAUCUCGUUCGGUCCCGUAUUUGGGUAAUUUUCAGCAGUUUCGUGGUGAGAAGGCAGAUUGUUGUGCUAUCAAUCUUGUCAGCUUCGUCUGAAUGUCGACAAGGACGCCAUAGAUGUUAGAACUUUUCGUUAAACAUCGCUCAUUAUCACUGAUGACAUAGCAUUCCUGGGUCUUGGCAGAAAUAACAAAUUAUGUUUUCUCAUUUAUCGUUAGUUAGAUGAUGAAAUAUAUACAAGAUAAGCAUAAAAAUAAAAAUAAGAAGAAUUGAAAUAAUCCUAUAGUCUUUCACACUGGUUAAGAUUCAUGAUUUGACAAUCCAAAAAAACAACAACAAAAUGACUAGGACUUUGAGAUAUACAAAGAAAUAAGCCGGUAGCUUUUGAAAUUCAUUUAUUUGAGUUAAUAGAACGUAACACUUCUAUUUUUAAAUUCCAAGUUGCACCUGAAAUCGUGGAAAAUCCAAAGGAUGUCACCAUAGUUGAGGGAGAACAUGUUGUGUUUAGUUGUAUGGUAGAUGGAAAUCCUUCACCAGGUGUUACUUGGACGAAGAACGAGGAAAAACUGAACAUAACAGUAAAUCAACGACUAACAGCGUCGUCACUGAACAACAAGCACAAUUUGACAAUCACAGAUGUUCAUCGAUCGGAUUCGGGACAAUACAGAUGUGUGAUUAUUAAUAGUGUUGGCAACAUAACAUCAUCUCCAGGAGAUCUAAAUGUACAAUGUAAGUAACUUACAAAAUUUAUUUGACUGUAAGAUUAUAUAAAAUCGUCUAUAUGAACUGCGGAUAAUGAAAUAAAUAUGAGAGCAAUCUUCGCUACAAUGAACACUACUUGAACAGUAGUGAAAAUAGAGCUUUAAAAAAAAGUAAACAAAAAGCCCAGACCAGCACGAAACACUUUAAUGCAGUCCUGGUUCUUUUUUUUUUCUUUUUUUUUUCAGGUUUUUUUUCCACCACUGCUUAAGUAGUGUUCAUUACUGCGAAGAUCGCUCCCAUAUUCUUAAUUUCUUUGUCAUGAAAAAAACAACGGGUGCCGUGAAGUGUAUUUAAAAUUUGUUUCAAUAUUUCAUCAUCUUAGCAUAGUUGACAACACAAAGAGAUCUCUUUGUGUCUAUAUUUAUUAAAUAAAUAGCCUCGACUGUGCUCUGUGCUAUUGCAAAGCACGCAGGAGGCGGUUAGAGCACUAAAGAAGUGUAGGGGGAAACAGGAGACGUAAUUGAGUCUUUCCCUUUCCAGAAGAGCCGUAAGUUAUGUGCCUUUGAACAGACACACAGGCAAGAGAGUAGAUUUUCAUUGAGAUAACAGAUGGGAGUGCAGGUUUAAAUGUGAUGCGUACUUUCGAUCAAGCUCAAAGUUAAUAUGCGAUGGUUGGGUUUUUUCGAAAAAGGCAAGUUAUGAAAUACCGGCUGCAAUCUGUUUUGACGAAAAGAAAGAAAAGCGAUCUAAUAUGAAUAAGUGAACUGAAACAAGACGAAAUGAAAUGAAAAUAAAACUUACAAGAUGUGUAAGCCUGAAGGAAAAACGUGAGGUAUCUGAUAAAACUACUUGAACACAAAACCUUCUCUUUCCCACGAGCACAUACUACAAACCAUACAUAUCAACUAUCGCCGCAGUCGAAUAACUGUUGUAAUAUAGGUACUUUUGAAUUCUGUUGUAAAUAUUAGUUUUGAUCUUAAAGCCAUUCUAUUUUGAUUGUUUUGAGUACUCGUAUCGAGAUAAGAAACCAGUUUUCACUAGAAUUUGAUGAUUCAUUUAACAUCAAUCACCGAAAAAUUCAUACCUUUCUUUUGCUACUCUAAACUACAUGGCAUCUUUUGUCCUUGUGGGAUUUGAUUCUUUUUAGGGGCGUUGACACUUCCUCCGUAGCACUGGAAAAACGCGAGGCGGCCGUUUUGAAAUUAAGCGCUCCUGCUAUAAUCACCUUGCGCAAGGUCAUUUUAGCGAGAUAUGACGCAAUCCUCGACCAAUCAGAGCGCGCACAUCUCUAUAAUGGCCGUAGCAAUUAUACACUAUAAAUAUGCGUUGGUGACGUAAACUUAACCAAUAUCACGCGGGUAGGACAGAAAAAACUAAAUAGGAUGUUUUUCACUAUACUAAGUGAGAUUUGAAAUUUUCCCUUUCAAAGCCGUGAUGCUUGAAAUACUGUUUAAAGAGGAUGUGACGGAUCAAUUUUUUUAAAAUUUGUGCUUGAAACGGGAUUAGCAACCUUACCCCCCACCCCUCCCUCCUCAAAUAGGUGUCCAUGUAAGAUAGGGCUUUACUCACAUGCUCAUUUCUAAUAAGUACAGGCUACUUUGUGAACAGUGUUUUUUGUUUGUUUAUUUAUUAAUAUUGCCACUAACUUUUCUACCCUUGUUAUUUUGCUGUUUGUAAUUAAACAACUGCACAUGUGAUCAUUUCACGCACACAAAUUGGACUGAAAAUUCAAGAAAACAAAAUGCAUGUAUGUGUCAGUGGACCCAUUAUGCAUUGCACACUUCUACAAGUUCACGACACAUACAGAAGGCCACUGAAAGACAAACGUGUGAUGUGCUCGAAAUUCAAGACAGGUUGUUAAAAUGAGAGUAGGCUAGAAAGCCCUUCAAAUUUCUCUUGUUAGUUAAACCAUAAACACUGCAGGCCUCUGCAAGAAGGUUAUGGAUGUAUUUGAUGUUGCCAGUUGAGUUAAAGACCAAAACAACAAUCAGACUAAACUGCCUUUUUUUCUAGUUCCGCCUGAAUUUAUCAGCAGCCCGCAGAAUGUGACAGUAAUAGAAGAGCAAAAUGUUAACUUAACUCUGGAUUGCACAGUUUAUGGAAAUCCUACGCCAGAUGUGAAAUGGACAAAAGAUGGACAUGAUAUAUCAGAAAAUCAAAGGAUUAAUGUUUCUGAUUUUAAGGGAAACACUUCAAGUUUGACAAUUACCAAUAUUUUGCGAGGAGAUGAAGGCCAAUAUAGAUGUGUGGCAAAUAACAGUGUGAAUACCACUACUUCAGCCCCAGGAAAACUGAUAGUCAACUGUGAGUAUUAUUUCAGACUGCAAUAUAUGAGAUAUAUAAUGUCAAAGCACUCUUGCUAAUAUUGGUUAGGUGGAACCUGCAGAAAGUCAGCACACCGGGUACCUGAGACCCUUAUACAUGUAAGUAUCUGCUGAGAGCACACCCUAAGGAACUCGUAAUGUCUGCUUGGUAUUGUUUAGAGUGCCUGCUAAUCCUUUAUCUCCAAGAAGUGAUUUAUUUAACUUCACCCUAUAGUAUGAAUAUGUUUUUCAACAAAUAGGUGUAAAAGAAUACCAAUGCUUAUCAUGCAGGCCCCGGUUGGUCAAAGGUUGGAUAACGCAAUCCACUCGAUAAAUUGCUCUCUAGUGGAUGUUGUAGUACUUUUUCUUAGCAGUUAUCCCAUGGAAAGUGGUUUAUCCGUUGGAUAGUGUUAUCCACUCUUUGAACGACUGGGCCCAGAAAUUUUUAUCUUGAUCUAGAACCAAAUUCUCGCAAUCACACGUAACUUACAAGGAACUGUGUAAUAGCUAGAGAGAAGAAUUAAAAAAAAAAUAGAUAUUGGGAUUUAAAGGUUAAUACAGGUUCUAAGUGCACAUGUACUCAGCAAAGGUUUUAGUGCUGUUCCGUCAUCUGCUAUCAACGUUUAUUUUGGGUGUGUCAUGUGUAAACAUUUUUAGUAUACAUGUACCAGUUUGGUAAAACUUGCAUAAAAGGAAAUAUUUGGAAAUAAUGGGCCACAUCUUUUGCAUUUGGAUGAUAUAAGCAGAUAACCUAAAGCGUGGUUUGAUUUGGUGUAUUUCCUUGGGGGCUCAUCAAUAUACAUUUACAAACAACAAGUAAAAAUUAAUGGGGAUACUACACACCAAAUUGUCUAAAAAUAGAACACAUAAUCAUAGAAAUGUUUCAAAUACAUGUACUGUACACGUUUGAGGUGACUAACUUGAAAAAUCCUUAUGAUUACAGUUAGAGCGGAUGUCAAAAUAAGUGGCAGUGAACCAAAGUUUGUUGAAAUAAACAAACAGAUCCAUCUGGAUUGCCAGUACAAUGCUUCGCCGCCGGUGUCGGAAGUACAAUGGGUUAAAGAUGGAAAUGUGAUUGCUCGAAAUGGUAGUGGUAUUGGUAAUGGAUCGGUGAAUGUAACACAGUUCACUGAAAGUCAAUCCCAGCUGCUCAUUUUAUCAAGUACUACACAUAAUGAGGGAAAUUACACUUGCUUCGUCACAAAUACUGUUGGCAAUUCCUCAGACACAACGUCAGUCCUUAUACAAGGUAUGUUUUUCUGAAUGAUGCACGGUAUAUUGAUAUUUUGUACUAUUGUUUGAUCUCAUCACUUUGAGUCAAGUACAGUAUGCAGAUAGUCUUCUCUGUAGGGCUGUUGUUUAGAGUUUACUGGAGAUUAUGGAUUCUUCAUUAACUUUGUUAACUUAUAUUAAAACUGAUUCCAUUUUUUUUUUGGAUAUUUUUUAUCCUUUGUAAAAGUUUUAUUUUUCUUUAAGAAACACAGUUCCAGGCUCAACUGUCUUUUACCCUUUACACCCUAACAUCUUUUAGCUUACUCUCGAUACUGUUCACUAUACAUUUUCUCAGGUGCUGACAAAGAGAAUUUGUCUAACAAGCAAGAGCUUCUUCUUUCCUUUAUUCGUGAUCUUAAUGUGUCAUUAAGGUGUAACAUUGUUAGGAGGAAUUCGAUUCUAAUCACUCUUACAGGUUAAAGGGAUAAAGUCAUCAUUUGGCAGCUUACACUUCUAAAUGUUUCUUCCCCUCCCUCCCUCCCUCCUUCCCCCUUCCCCCCCCCUUCCCCCCCUUCCCUCCCCUUCCCUCCUCCCCCCCUCCCCCCCCCCUUCCCUCCUCCCCCCCCUCCCCUUUCCCCCUUCCCCUCCCCCCCCCUCCCUCCCCCCCUUCCCCCCCCCCCUCCUCCCCCCCUCCCUCCCCUUCCCCUUCCCCUUCCCCUUCCCUCCCCCCCCCCCCUUCCCCUUCCCUCCCCCCUCCCCCCCCUUCCCCCCUUCCCUCCUCCCCCCCUCCCCCCCCCCCCCUCCCCCUCCCCCUCCCUCUCCCCUUCCCCCCCUUCCCCCGCAAAAAGAGAAAGGUCAAUUGUUCCAAUAGAGAGAGGGAAACCAAGAAUUAACCCAAUGCGAAAAGAAACAAAAAUUACGAAAAAAAAACAGCUGCACAUAAAUACAUUAUAUCUAUGUGUCUCUCUAUUCUAUUUUAGCCAUAAUUACACCAAAUAAUGUAGAUCUUCAACUAAGCCACAUUUGCUGUCAGUUAUUGGUAGUUUUGUUUUUUGUUCAUUUUCAAUGGUCUGUGGUAAUUGAGACUGCAACCGCUUGGAUAUGGGAAAAAUUCUCAUAAAACGUGGUCUUGCUUAUGUUUUGGGGUUAGAGGAGCCUAAAGACAGAACAUGCACAACAUGACGGGAGCAGCAACGCAAAUUAUAUUGAUAAAAUCAUUCCAAAAGCUGAACAGUCGAUAUGCAAAAAAACUCGAUCUCCAUAACAAUCUUAUCGAAAUAAUUAAGAAGAAUGAAUUUAUUUUCCUGUAUCAGUAAUGUGGAACUUGUCCAAUGUAGAACGAUUUUAAAACUCUUCAUCUAUUUGGUGAAAUUGCACAUUUUAAUGAGUAAUGAAGUAUUGUUUAAUUCCACAGUGGUGCCAGACCCACCGCAGACAUUGACAGUUGAUUCAAAGGGCUCACGGGUGGUGAAUAUCUCUUGGACAGCUGGUUUUGAUGGAAAUAGUGCCAUUGAGAACUUCACAGUGGAGAUCAGUGAAGAUAAUCAGAUCUUUAAGGGUGUUGUUUGUCAGGGAUCACUCUCAAGCAGUGCCUGUGUGGUGUCCAGUUCCUCCACAAAAGCCUCUCUUACAGGUCUUCUUCCUUGGACGACAUAUAAUAUCAGAAUGUUUGCGACAAACACAAUUGGCCAAAGUAACAGUAGCCAUAUUCUGAAUGUUACCACGGAUGAAGAAGGUACAUGUAUGCUACUCACUCUCUGCAUUUCUUUGCUGUGUACGGAAGGAGCCACACCGAUAAUAGCUACCGGAGUAUUAUGACAGGGGAUAAGGGCGUGUAGACUUUUUGGAAAUUGUGGUAAUUACUUUAUGAGGGCUAUUGUAUGCCAUGUGUCACAAAUUUGUGGAGAAAACUUGUACAACAAUCUAAGUGUGUAUUAACUGCGAAAGUUUUGCAAGCAGUAGUGAGCAGGUGCUAGUUUAUGUGCUUUUGUGCGGAAAUCAAGCAAACACAAUUUUGCUACAAUUUUCAUGUGUUAUAUAUUGACAUACUAAAAGAGUUGUAUGUAUAUAGAUAUAUAUAUAUAGUUUUUAAUUCACUUUGCAGUGCCAAGGGAAGCUCCGACUUUUGAUGUGAUUAUUGUCAAUUCAACUGCAGUGAAUGUUUCCUGGCAGGUAAUUAUCAGACGUUACAUUUAUCUCCGAAUGAUUUGUUGUUGUUGUUGUUUUUUUUUUAGUAUUGACAUGUUUUAUUUAUUCCCUCCACAUUUUACAACAAGGAAGGGAGAGUUUCAAACCUGAAUUACUAGUUCACACAACUGUUUUGUUAAGUACAGUGUUAAAUACGAUAAUUACAAGUAUGCUAAAUGAUGCGAAAGUACGCAUGAUAAGACGAAACUUUAAAUCUUGAAUACUUCGUUAGUUUUCGAAUAACCAUGCACGUGUUCGGCUCUCUGCGGGUUUAAAUUUGAAAUUGCGUAGACUUAGACAAGUAGACAAGUAGACAAGACUCUGCUCUUAAUCAACUUGGACAGCAGCUUACUUUUACAUGUCGGCGAUGUCAGCAACGACAUUAUUUUCAGCUCCCUCCGUUAGAUUCCGUGUUGUUGUGUACCAUUUAACGUAUACAUGUCACGGAUGACGCGAUGUAGCUAGCAAGACCAUCGUUUAUACCCUUGCCUGUGGCUUCUGUGUCGCGUUUUUAGUUUACAGUUGUAAUUUCAUUUUAAUGAUUUUGAGAUCCACUUUAGACUAAGCGUAAGGAAACUCAGACUUAAUUUUAAUUUUAAAAAAAUUGAAUCAAUAAGUACAUGAACUGUUCAUGAUAGUAUAGUACAGCAACUGGACGCCCUUAAGUAUUUGUAAAAAGUAUUUUAUUCAUCAAAUAAAUGUUUUUUUUUUUAACUUUACAAAACCAGAUGCUAAGUAAGGACAAGGCUAGAGGUGCCAUCUUGGGCUAUUACGUUUUGCACCGGGUUAAAGACACUCCAACCUGGACAAAUGAAAGUGUUGAUAGAGCUGAAAAGACAUCACUUUUAAUAGGAUCACUAAAUGAACACACUACAUACGAGUUUGCCAUGCAGGCGUUUAACAGUAAAGGUGUCAGUAAUUUAAGUGCUUUGGUGGAAAAGACUACUGACCAGCAUAGUGAGUGUGACUUUAUUUUACUCAUGUUCAUCUUUUGUAUAUAAUUGUUUUUCGAACAUGAUUUUUAUGGUUUGUACAAUCUCAGACAAUGAUUAUUUGCCGUAUAACUUACAGUGUAGUUCUUCUAGUGAAGUGUUUUUUCAUUACUGAACGUAUAACGAAUCGUAGGAAAGAUUUGUCACAAUGGUAAUUGCAUUUGUUGUACACAUGUUCUAAUGAACCUAUUGAUAGAGGCGUGCCUCACGGUAAUUGGCUAUUAUCGAUUGAGUUGACAACGUAAACUGACCCCCGUAAAGAGUUCCAAAGCUGAGGUUUCGAGCGUUAUCCCUUCGUCAGUGCUCUGACAAGGGGCUAACGCCAAAACGUCCAAAACGUCAAAAAAAAGUUGAAAAGUCAGCUUUGAAAAUCUUUACAUCGGCCAAUUUAUGUUAUCAACUCAGUUAAUAAGGCCAAAUUACCCUGUUAUACUCUCCCACCGACGCAGCACCACGGUUUCUUUAGAAAGUUAUCCCCUUUAGUCGUUCUCUCCUCCGUUUAAUGCCCGGAAAAGUACAUCUACGGGACCUUAUGAUACAAUUUCUAUGCUUUCAGAGCCUAGUGGGCCACCGCAACAAGUCACACUAAGCGAUGUAACGUCUACAAGUAUCAAUGUAUCCUGGGGUCCUGUCCCUGCUAAUGAUCGAAAUGGAAUCAUCCUAGGAUAUAAACUAAAUUAUCGAACAUUACCAAAUCAUGGCAUCGUUACCGAAUUCCUUAAUAUCAGCAAUGAACAACAAAAUGAAGGAAGAACAAAGAUAUUACAGACUCUGAAUGAAUUUACCAACUACAGCGUUAGCGUGUUAGCGUUCACUAUAGUGGGAGAUGGACCACCAAGCUUUGCCAAGUUUGUGCAAACGUUGGAGGACAGUAAGUUAACCUAAUAUCUUUUCUAUUGUGUUACUCUAGGUAGAAUACAAUAAAUUCUCCUAUGUAUGUAUCUAUAACAAUGUCUUAGAUCUCAAACUGUCAACUAACCUAUGUAAUGUAAACGAAAUUAGCCACCCUCUUACAAAACUUAAGUCGCGCAACUCCCCCGGGUCUGAUCAGCUUUCAAUGCUUGUUCUGAAAGAAUGCGCAGUCAAGUGAGCGCCUUCUCUUUCAUUUUUAAACAAUUCCUUCGAUAUUAGCCAGUUGCCGUUGUCGUGGAAGAUAACCGUUAUUUCCUCAGUCCACCCUUUCUUUUUUUCUUUCUUUCUGUUUUUUUUAUUUAUUUUUUAAUAUAUAUAUAUAUAUAUAUAUAUAUAUAUAUAUAUGAGCGGAGGUGUACUGAGAAGAGGAAAUCCUUUUCGAUAAAAUAUUUUUAAUAAGGAAUCUACGUGUAAUAAGCAAUGUUUUUCUUACUUAUCCGAGUUUAUCUUCAGUUCUAGCAAAAUGCUGUCCCAGCUUAUUUUGUUUUCAUCCUUUACUCAGGGUAAUUGGGUAUUAUCAACUGAAUUGACAACCUAAAUUGACCUCCGUAAAGAGUUUCAAAGCUGAUGUUUCGAGCGUUAUUCCUUCGUCAGUGCUCUGACAAGGGACUAACGCCGAAACGUCUCAAACGUCAAAAGCGUCGAAACUUUAGCUUUCAAACUCUUUACAUUAGCAAAUUUACGUUGACCAACUCAGUUGAUGAUACCAAAUUACCCGGUGAAGUGUGAAGUGUGUAUAGGAAGGCCUGCGUAAGCUCUAUGGCACGUUGUUGUGUAAGAAAAGAAUAUGAUUGGGUUUCUUCAAUUCAUUUAUGGUUUUUUCGGGUUUAAUUCGAUGUCGGUUCAGGGCCAUACCUCUGUAUUUCGACUUGUUAUCGAUUAGAACGUAAAAGCUUCGUCGUAAAACGCUCUCACGUGCACAUGUGCAUAUUAUUUUAGUCUGAACAUAUCUAACCUAUUCUUUAGAGAAGAGCCGAAAGGUCAAAAUAUGCAAAAGAAAAGAAAAAAAAAGAAAGACAAAACAUUAAAAUAAAGGUUGACGGGACCUGAGCUCGAACAUGUUAAUUCCGAAUCCUUCGUUUUUUUUUUUUUUUUUUUUGUAUCAUAUAUCGAAAGUAAUGUACAGUUAAGCAGUUUCCGCAAACGUGUAACUUCUUAAGCUGGAACCUGUUUGACCACUCCCUUCGUAUACAAAGUCCGUUACAUAUGCCUAUGGUUCAUUUCAGAACCUUCUGCUGCUCCUUUGAAUGUGAGAGGACAUAACACAAGCUCAACCAGCAUCUUUGUAAUAUGGGAUGAUGUUCCGGCUGCUGAUAAAAAUGGUAUCAUUACGAGUUACAACAUCACUUAUCACUCACUGACAGAGAAUCACAGUAACAGUACAACAGUGGAUUAUCCAGAUCGUCAAGUGACUCUGAUGGGUCUGAGAGAGUUUGUUAACUACAGCAUCACAGUGUUUGCUUCCACUGUGAAAGGAAAUGGACCUGAAAGCAAUCCUGUUAUUAUCAGUACUGGCCAGGAUAGUGAGUAAUUUUGCUUUUGGAUUAAUGUUCCUCGUUGCAUUUCAGAUAUCAGUUCUAAUCUGCUAACACAGUCAGGCCCAGUACCAGACCUAAUAUAGGUAGUAGCAGCUAUUUUUUUAUGGACAUAGAAAAAGAUUGGUAUUGAUUAUUUCGCUGUUAAAGCAGUUCUUACCUCGUUUAUAUUAGAACCAUCUGCUGCUCCUUUGAAUGUGAGAGGGCAUAAAACAAGCUCAACCAGCAUCUUUGUAAUAUGGGAUGAUGUUCCGGCUGCUGAUAAAAAUGGUAUCAUUACGAGUUACAACAUCACUUAUCACUCACUGACAGAGAAUCACAGUAACAGUACAACAGUGGAUCAUCCGGAUCGUCAAGUGACUUUGAUGGGUCUGAGAGAGUUUGUUAACUACAGUAUUACACUUUUUGCUUCCACUGUGAAAGGAAAUGGACCUGAAAGCGAUCCUGUUAUUGUCAGUACUGGCGAGGAUAGUGAGUAAUUUUGCUUUAAGUUUAAUGUUCCUCAUUGCAUUUCAGAGAUCAGAUCUAAUCUGCUAACACUGUCCAGUCCAGUGCUAGACCUAAUAUAGGCAGUAACUAUUUUUUGUCGGGACAUAAAAAAAAGGUUGGUAUUGAUUAUUUCUCUGUUUAAAGCAGUUCUUACCUCGUUUUAUCAGAACCAUCUGCUGCUCCUUUGAAUGUGAGAGGACAUAACACAAGCUCAACCAGCAUCUUCGUAACAUGGGAUGAUGUUCCGGCUGCUGAUAAAAAUGGUAUCAUUACGAGUUACAACAUCACCUAUCACUCACUGACAGAGAAUCACAGUAACAGUACAACUGUGGAUCAUCCAGAUCGUCAAGUGACUCUGAUGGGUUUGAGAGAGUUUGUUAACUACAGCAUUACAGUGUUUGCUUCCACAGUAAAAGGAAAUGGACCUGAAAGUGAUCCUGUUCUUAUCAGUACUGGCCAGGAUAGUGAGUAAUUUUGCUUUAAGAUUAAUGUUCCUCGUUGCAUUUCAGAAAUCAGUUCUAAUCUGCUAACACAAUUAGGCCCACCACCAGACCUUACAUAGGCAGUAAGUAUUUUUUCUUUAUGGACAUGAGAAAAAAAGUUGGUAUAGAUUAUUUCGCUGUUUAAAACAGUUCUUACCUCGUUUACAUCAGAACCAUCUGCUGCUCCUUUGAAUGUGAGAGGACACAACACAAGCUCAACCAGCAUCUUUGUCACUUGGGAUGAUGUUCCGGCUGCUGAUAAAAAUGGUAUCAUUACGAGUUACAACAUCACUUAUCACUCACUGACAGAGAAUCACAGUAACAGUACAACAGUGGAUCAUCCAGAUCGUCAAGUGACUCUGAUGGGUCUGAGAGAGUUUGUUAACUACAGCAUCACAGUGUUUGCUUCCACGGUGAAAGGAAAUGGACCGGAAAGCGAUCCUGUUAUUAUCAGAACUAGCGAGGAUAGUGAGUAACUUCGCUUUUGGAUUAAUGUUACUCGUUACAUUUCUGAAAUCAGAUUUUAUCUGCUAACACUGUCCAGUCCAGUGCCAGAACUAAUAUAGGCAGUAACUAUUUUUUUAGGGACAUAGAAAAAAGUUUGGUAUUGAUUAUUUUGCUGUAUAAAACAGUUCUUACCUUGUUUAUAUUAGAACCAUCUGCUGCUCCUUUGAAUGUGAGAGGACAUAACACAAGCUCAACCAGCAUCUUGGUAACAUGGGAUGGUGUUCCAGCUGCUGAUAAAAAUGGUAUCAUUACGAGUUACAACAUCACUUAUCACUCACUGACGGAGAAUCACCGUAACAGUACAACAGCGGAUCAUCAGGAUCGUCAAGUGACUCUGAUGGGUCUGAGAGAGUUUGUUAACUACAGCAUCACAGUGUUUGCUUCCACGGUGAAAGGAAAUGGACCGGAAAGCGAUCCUGUUAUUAUCAGAACUAGCGAGGAUAGUGAGUAACUUCGCUUUUGGAUUAAUGUUACUCGUUACAUUUCUGAAAUCAGAUUUUAUCUGCUAACACUGUUAGGCCCAGCACCAGACCUAAUAUAGGCAGUGACUAUUUUUUUCUUUGUGGACAUAAGAAAAAAAAGGUGGUAUCGAUUAUAUCGCUGUUUAAAACAGUUCUUACCUCGUUUAUAUCAGAACCAUCUGCUGCUCCUUUGAAUGUGAGAGGACAUAACACAAGCUCAACCAGCAUCUUUGUAAUAUGGGAUGAUGUUCCGGCUGCUGAUAAAAAUGGUAUCAUUACGAGUUACAACAUCACUUAUCACUCACUGACAGAGAAUCACAGUAACAGUACAACAGUGGAUCAUCCAGAUCGCCAAGUGUCUCUGAUGGGUCUGAGAGAGUUUGUUAACUACAGCAUCACAGUGUUUGCUUCCACGGUGAAAGGAAAUGGACCUGAAAGCGAUCCUGUUAUUAUCAGUACUAGCGAGGAUAGUGAGUAAUUUUGCUUUUGGAUUAAUGUUCCUCGUUCCAUUUCAGAAAUGAGUUCUUAUGUGCUGACACUAUCCAGUCCAAUGCCAGACCUAAUAUAGGCUGUAACAAUUUUUUUAGGGACAUAAAAAAAGGUUGGUAUAGAUUAUUAUUUUGCUGUUUAAAGCAGUUCUUCCCUCAUUUAUAUCAGAACCAUCUGCUGCUCCUUUGAAUGUGAGAGGACAUAACACAAGCUCAACCAGCAUCUUUGUAAUAUGGGAUGAUGUUCCGGCCGCUGAUAAAAAUGGUAUCAUUACGAGUUACAACAUCACUUAUCGCUCACUGACAGAGAAUCACAGUAACAGUACAACAGUGGAUCAUCCAGAUCGUCAAGUGACUCUGAUGGGUCUGAGAGAGUUUGUUAACUACAGCAUCACAGUGUUUGCUUCCACGGUGAAAGGAAAUGGACCUGAAAGCGAUCCUGUUAUUAUCAGUACUGGCGAGGAUAGUAAGUAGUUUUUCUUUUGGAUUAAUGUUCCUCGUUUCAUUUCAGAAAUCAGUUCUUAUGUGCUGACACUGUCCAGUCCAGUGCCAGACCUAAUAUAGGCUGUAACAAUUUUUUUAGGGACAUGAAAAAGGUUGGUAUUGAUUAUUUCGCUGUUUAAAGCAGUUCUUCCCUCAUUUAUAUCAGAACCAUCUGCUGCUCCUUUGAAUGUGAGAGGACAUAACACAAGCUCAACCAGCAUCUUCGUAACAUGGGAUGAUGUUCCGGCUGCUGAUAAAAAUGGUAUCAUUACGAGUUUCAACAUCACUUAUCACUCACUGGCAGAGAAUCACAGUAACAGUACAACAGUGGAUCAUCCAGAUCGUCAAGUGACUCUGAUGGGUCUGAGAGAGUUUGUUAACUACAGCAUCACAGUGUUUGCUUCCACGGUGAAAGGAAAUGGACCUGAAAGCGAUCCUGUUUUUAUCAGUUCUGGGGAAGACAGUGAGUAAUUUUGCUUUUGAAUUAAUGUUCUAUGACGCAUUUCAGAAAUCAGUUCUUAACUACCAACACAUACUUCUCCAGUACCAGACCUAAUAUAGGCAGUAACUAUUUUUUUUUAUAUUCAUUAAAAAAUGGUAUUGAUUAUAUCGUUGUUUAAAGCAGUUCUUACCUCAUUUAUAUCAGAGCCACUGACACAUAUGAGAGAAACGUCGUUUGAAUCGGCGUGCUUCUAACUUAGACAAUGCUUCAUAGUAAAUCAGCUCCGGAGAUGAAGCUUAUCGCUUCCAAACCCAUUUUCGGUUAUAUUGGUAUUGAAUCUCAAGGAGCUCUUUCGCAAUUGAAUGUUCGGACGCAUGUCAAUACUUUUGCGUACGUUUUUGUACAUUAAGUGUCCUGUAGGGUCAGCUAAAAAACGGAAAGCAUGCUUCAUGGAUUACUCACGGCGUGAUGAAGUCACGUAAGAAAAAGAAGGGGCUCAACAAGAAAGCAACAAGAUCUGGCCGACAAAAGUCAUGGACGCGUACUGCUCCAUAAACAACUUAUCAAAAAUGCUGGCAACUCUUCCCAGAGGGAACACAUUAAUAAGAUCUCUGAAGAUCUAAAGAUCUCUGGAACCCGAAAUCGUUUUAGAGCUGCAUCUCAUCGGCCAGUAAAGGAUCAAACAAGCUAAUCUCCCUGAAACUGAAUGAUGUAACGAUGGGAGAGGAUUCAGAUGUUGCCGAAAACAUGAAUUUUACAUCCGAGGAUUAUGCAAAUAUUUUUAUGUAAAACAAUGUCUUGGAUCUCAAACUGCCAACUAUCCUAUGUAAUGUAAAUGAAAUCAGCCAGCUUUUAAAAAACUAAACCUGCGCAGGUCCUCCAGUCCUGAUUAGAUUUCACCGCUUGUACUGAAGGAAUGCGUAGUCGAGUUAGUGCCUUGUCUUUGUUCAUGAUUAGUUUUGGCAGUUCUUUCGAUACUGGCCAGGUGCCGUUGUCGUGGAAAAUAACCGAUCUUAACUCAUAUAUUUCAGAACCUUCUGCUGCUCCUAUGAAUGUGAGCGGACAUAACACAAGCUCAACCAGCAUCUUUAUCAUUUGGAAUGAUAUUCCAGCGGCUGAACAGAAUGGUAUCAUCACAAGUUACAACAUCACCUAUCACUCACUGACAGAGAAUCAUAGUAACAGUACAACAGUCGAUUUUCCAGAUCGUCAAGUGACUCUGACGGGUCUGAAAAAGUUUGUUAACUACAGCAUCACCGUGUCUGCCUCUACGAAGAUAGGACCUGGACCAGCCAGUAAACCCGUUAUUGUCAGUACUGGCGAGGAUAGUAAGUGAUUUGUUUUUAGUUUGAUGUUCGUCGUUGCAUGUUAGAAACUUGGCGUUGGUAUGAAUAUGGAACGAGAUGAUGCGAGGCACCUCUUACAUUUGAGUUUUUGUUUAUUUUUUGUGCUUGCUGUGCCUUCGAUCUUAAAAGGCCUGUGUAAGCACUAUGAUACGGUGUUGUUUAAGAAAAGAAUGUGAUUGGGUUUCUUUGAAUUCAUUUAUGGUUUUGUCGGGUUUAGUUCAAUUUCGGUUGAGGGCCCCACCUCUGUAUUUCGACUUGCUAUUGAUUUGUGCUUAAAAGCCUCGUCGUCAAACGUUCUCACAUGUGUAUAUUAUUAUUUUACUCUGAAGAUAUCUAACCUAUCCUUUAAAGAAGAGGGUGAGCUGAAAGGAAAAAAUAGGUAAAAGGAAAGACAAAACAAAAAAAGACAAAAAAUGAAAAAAAAAACGGUUGACCAUGCCAAAGCUCGAACCUAUUAAUUCCAAAUCCUAUUUUUUUUUAAUAUCAUAUAUCGAAAGUAAUGUACAGUACAGCGGUUUCCGCAAACGUGUAACUUCUCAGGCUAAGAACUGUUUGACCACUGCGUAUGCAAAGUCCGUUAAAUGUAUUUAUUGUUCACUUCAGAACCUUCUGCUGCUCCUUUGAAUGUGAGAGGACAUAACACAAGCUCAACCAGCAUCUUUGUAAUAUGGGAUGAUGUUCCGGCUGCUGAUAAAAAUGGUAUCAUUACGAGUUACAACAUCACUUAUCACUCACUGACAGAGAAUCACAGUAACAGUGCAACAGUGGAUCAUCCAGAUCGUCAAGUGACUCUCGUGAGUCUGAGAGAGUUUGUUAACUACAGCAUCACAGUGUUUGCUUCCACGGUGAAAGGAAAUGGACCUGAAAGCGAUCCUGUUAUUAUCAGUUCUGGCGAAGACAGUAAGUAAUUUUGCUUGUGGAUUAAUGUUCCUCGUUGCAUUUCAGAAAUCAGUUCUUAUCUGCUGACACUGUUCAGUCCACCGCCAGAGCUAAUAUAGGCGGUAACUAUUUUUUGGGGGGACACAAAAAGAAGGUUGGUAUUAAUUAUUUCGCUGUUUAAAGCAGUUCUUACCUUUUUAUAUCAGAACCAUCUGCUGCUCCUUUGAAUGUGAGAGGACAUGGCACAAGCUCAACCAGCAUCUUUGUAACAUGGGAUGAUGUUCCAGCUGCUGAUAAAAAUGGUAUCAUUACGAGUUACAACAUCACUUAUCACUCACUGACAGAGAAUCACAGUAACAGUACAAGAGUGGAUUAUCCAGAUCGCCAAGUGACUCUGAUAGGUCUGAGAGAGUUUGUUAACUACAACAUCACAGUGUUCGCUUCUACGAAGAUAGGACCUGGACCAGCCAGUGAUGUUAUUGUUGUCAUUACCGGCGAAGACAGUAAGUGAUAUGUCACUGGAACAUAAAACUCAUAGAAUUUAGAUAAUAUAUAACUUCUCGCCAACGUGUAAUAUUCUCUAUAUAAUCGUCGAAAAAUGUCAACUAUCCUAUGUAAUGUACACGAAACUAGCCUCCCUCUUAUCUCGAGCAAGUCCCCCUGGUCUGAUCAGCUUUCAUUGCUUUUACUGAGGGAAUAUCCAGUCAGCGAGCGCCUUCUCUUUCAUUAUUUAACAAUUCCUUCGGUACUACCCAGGUGCCGUUGUCGUGGAUAAUAACCGAUAUUGUCUCUGUCCAUUUUUUAAAAUAAAACCCCUAUUCCAUGGAACCUCCAUUAAGCGGUGACCCAAUAUUUAGGCGGUCACCCCAGCAUUCCCUGGCGGUGACGGCUUAAUUUAGGUUCGACCGUGGUUAUGAAUCUAAGUCUUUCUCUUGCAUCCGGGAGACCUUAGUUGCGUGCAUUUCUCUAACAUCGUAUCGACGUUUGUUAAUGAAACAUUUGGAGACCUUCAAUUCUUUGAUGGUAAACGUUAUGUUGGCUUGGAAUGUGUUCUUUCUUGUACACGCUUUUUUUUUAAUAACAUAUUCCUAACCAAGACAAUUAGUUUGAAACAAAGUUCCUAUAAGGGUUUCUAAAUACGAACGAAUCGUGAUCAAGGGCUCCUGGUAAAGGGUGCCGCUAUGAUAAGUUAUUUUGACAAAACAGCAAAACACAAUUUUCACCGUAUCAACAUUUCCCAUAGCCGGUUAAAUACUUGAACGAAUCUUAUCAUUUCUUUGUAUUGCCUUUAGAUCCCGGUGGCCCACCACAAGCUGUCACAAUCAAUGUUAUAUCUUCUACAAGUGUCUCCGUUUCAUGGAAUCCUGUUACUACUGAUGAUCGAAAUGGAAUCAUCAAAGGAUAUAAAGUAAAUUAUCAAGCCUUACCAAAUGGUGAAAUGGUCGCCAAGUUCAGCAAUAUCAGCAGUCAGCAACAGAAUAAAACACAAACAGUGACUUUAGAUAAUCUGAAUGAGUUUACAAACUACAGCAUUAGAGUGUUAGCAUUCACUUUAGUUGGAAAUGGACCAGCAAGUGUUGCCCAGGUUGUGCAGACACUGGAAGACAGUAAGUUUAAUGCAAGCAUUUGUGCUUUUAUUUUUUGCUAUAACAGUUGUUGUGUUCGUUUCUGCCUCGUACACACCAUAGAGAGUAAUGUAUGUUUAAGAGGUGGUCCGAAAAGAUUUUACGCCGUAUGAUCUCGCGAGACACAGUGAGAGAAUAAUAAUGUACACCUUAUUUAAUGGUUUAACACGUAAUAGAAGCGGAUAUUUUGCGAGUUGCCUAGUUUUUUUCCGGGUGAGUAAAAGUUCGAGCAAUGAGCAGGUGAUAUGUGCACUUGUAAUCAAACUUUUUUCUAACAGUUUAUUUACAAUUGGAAUGACUAGAAUGAUUUUAUAAGACAAAUACUUCAUAUCCUAUGUUAAGGCCGUCAUAAGCGAAGAUCUAAUGAGAAGUCGAAAUAUUUUUGACAUAAUAUUUGUAAUUUUGGAAUCUUCGUGCAAUUAGCCAUAUUUUUCUUAAUUGUCCGAAUUUAUCUUCAGUUCUGGCAAAAAUUAAUGCUUUAUCAGCUUAUUUUAUUUUCCAUCCUUUGCUCAGGGUAAUUGGCUAUUAUUAACUGAGUUGACAAUGUAAAUUGACCUCCGUAAAGAGUUUAAAGCUAACGUUUCCAGCGUUAUUCCUUCUUCAGUGCUCUGACAAGGGGCUAACGCCGAAACGUCUAAAACGUCGAGACGUCAGCUUUGAAACUCUUUACAUUGUCCAAUUUACGUUAUCAACUCAGUUGAUGAUACCAAAUUACCCUGUUAUACUCUCCCACCGAGACAGCACCACAGUUUCUUCAGAAAGCUAUCCCCUUUAGUCGUUCUCUCCUCAGUUUGCUUCCCGUAAAAGGUUCAUCUACGAGAUAAAUUUUGCGAUGAAUUUUCUUUGCUUUCAGAGCCUAGCGGGCCACCACAACUAGUCACAAUUAGCGAUGUGACAUCUACAAGUAUCAAUGUAUCCUGGGGUCCUGUCCCUGCUGAUGAUCGAAAUGGAAUCAUCCUAGGAUAUAAACUAAAUUAUCGAGCUUCACCAAAUGGUGGCAUCGUUACCGAAUUCCUCAAUAUCAGCAGUAAACAACAGGAUGAAAGAGGAACAAAGACGUUACAGACUCUGAAUGAAUUUACAAACUACAGCAUUGAUGUGUUAGCAUUCACUAUAAUAGGAGAUGGACCACCAAGCGUUCACAAGUUUUUUCGAACACAGGAGGACAGUAAGUUGAACUAAUAUCCUCUCUCUAUUGUGUUACUCAAAGUAGAAUGUAAUACAAUGUGAUUAAAGCGUAGAAUGUACAAAGUGUAAUUGCGUCUGAUUCCCAAAUCCGAGGAUUAUGCCAAUAUUUUUAUGUAUAACAAUGUCUUGGAUCUCAAACUGUCAACUAUCCUAUGUAAUGUAAAUGAAAUCAGCCAGCUUUUAGAAAACUAAACCUGCGCAGGUCCUCCAGUCCUGAUUAGAUUUCACCGCUUGUACUGAAGGAAUGCGUAGUCAAGUUAGCGCCUUGUCUUUGUUCAUGAUUAGUUUUGGCAGUUCCUUUGAUACUGACCAGGUGCCAUUGUCGUGGAAAAUAACCGAUCUUAACUCAUAUAUUUCAGAACCUUCUGCUGCUCCUAUGAAUGUGAGCGGACAUAACACAAGCUCAACCAGCAUCUUUAUCAUUUGGAAUGAUAUUCCAGCGGCUGAACAGAAUGGUAUCAUCACAAGUUACAACAUCACCUAUCACUCACUGACAGAGAAUCAUAGUAACAGUACAACAGUCGAUUUUCCAGAUCGUCAAGUGACUCUGACGGGUCUGAAAAAGUUUGUUAACUACAGCAUCACAGUGUCUGCCUCUACGAAGAUAGGACCUGGACCAGCCAGUAAACCCGUUAUUGUCAGUACCGGCGAGGAUAGUAAGUGAUUUUGUUUUUAGUUUGAUGUUCGCGUUGCAUGUUAGAAACUUGACGUUGGUAUGAAUAUGGAACGAGAUGAUGCGAGGCACCUCUUACAUUUGAGUUUUUGUUCAUUUUUGUGCUUGCUGUGCCUUCGAUCUUAAAAGGCCUGUGUAAGCACUAUGAUACGGUGUUGUUUAAGAAAAGAAUGUGAUUGGGUUUCUUUCAAUUCAGUUAUGGUUUUGUCGGGUUAAGUUCAAUGUCGGUUGAGGGUCCUACCUCUGUAUUUCGACUUGCUAUUGAUUUGAGCUUAAAAGCUUCGUCGUCAAAUGUUCUCACAUGUGUAUAUUAUUAUUUUACUCUGAACAUAUCUACCCUAUCCUUUAAAGAAGAGGGUAAGCUGAAAGGAAAAAAUAUGUAAAAGGAAAGACAAAACAAAAAAAGACAAAAAUUAAAAAAAACGGUUGACCACGCCAAAGCUCAAACCUAUUAAUUCCAAAUCCUAUUUUUUUUUAAUAUCAUAUAUCGAAAGUAAUGUACAGUAAAGCGGUUUCCGCAAACGCGUAACUUCUCAGGCUAAGAACUGUUUGACCACUGCGUAUGCAAAGUCCGUUAAAUGUGCUUAUGGUUCACUUCAGAACCUUCUGCUGCUCCUUUGAAUGUGAGAGGACAUAACACCAGCUCAACCAGCAUCUUUGUUACAUGGGAUGAUGUUCCAGCUGCUGAUAAAAAUGGUAUCAUUACGAGUUACAACAUCACUUAUCACUCACUGACGGAGAAUCACAAUAACAGUGCAACAGUGGAUCAUCCAGAUCGUCAAGUGACUCUGAUGGGUCUGAGAGAGUUUGUUAACUACAGCAUCACAGUGUUUGCUUCCACGGUGAAAGGAAAUGGACCUGAAAGCGAUCCUGUUAUUAUCAGUUCUGGAGAAGACAGUGAGUAAUUUUGCUUUUGAAUUAAUGUUGUAUGUUGCAUUUCAGAAAUCAGUUCUUAACCACCAAUACAUACUUGUCCAGUACCAGACCUAAUAUAGGCAGUAACUAUUUUUUUUAUAUUCAUUAAAAAAAAUGCUAUUGAUUAUAUCGUUCUUUAAAGCAGUUCUAACCUCAUUUAUAUCAGAGCCAUCUGCUGCUCCUUUGAAUGUAAGAGGACAUAACACAAGCUCAACCAGCAUCUUGGUAACAUGGGAUGAUGUUCCGGCUGAUGAUAAAAAUGGUAUCAUUACGAGUUACAACAUCACUUAUCACUCACUUACAGAGAAUCACAGUAACAGUACAACAGUGGAUCAUCCAGAUCGUCAAGUGACUCUGAUGUGUCUGAGAGAGUUUGUUAACUACAGCAUCACAGUGUUUGCUUCCACGGUGAAAGGAAAUGGACCUGAAAGCGAUCCUGUUAUUAUCAGUACUGGCGAGGAUAGUAAGUAGUUUUUCUUUUGGAUUUAUGUUCCUCGUUGCAUUUCAGAAAUCAGUUCUUAUGUGCUGACACUGUCCAGUCCAGUGCCAGACCUAAUAUAGGCUGUAAUAAUUUUUUUAGGGACAUAAAAAAGGUUGGUAUUGAUUAUUUCGCUGUUUAAAGCAGUUCUUCCCUCACUUAUAUCAGAACCAUCUGCUGCUCCUUUGAAUGUGAGAGGACAUAACACAAGCUCAACCAGCAUCUUCGUAACAUGGGAUGAUGUUCCGGCUGCUGAUAAAAAUGGUAUCAUUACGAGUUACAACAUCACCUAUCACUCACUGACAGAGAAUCACAGUAACAGUACAACAGUGGAUCAUCCAGAUCGUCAAGUGACUCUCGUGGGUCUCAGAGAGUUUGUUACCUACAGUAUCACAGUGUUUGCUUCCACGGUGAAAGGAAAUGGACCUGAAAGCGAUCCUGUUAUUAUCAGUUCUGGGGAAGACAGUGAGUAAUUUUGCUUUUGAAUUAAUGUUCUAUGACGCAUUUCAGAAAUCAGUUGUUAUCUGCUGACACUGUCCAGUCCUAAUAUAGGCAGUAACUAUUUUUUUUUAAGGACAUAAAAAAAGGUUGGUAUUGAUUAUUUCCCUGUUUAAAGCAGUUCUUACCUCAUUUAUAUCAGAGCCAUCUGCUCCUCCUUUGAAUGUGAGAGGACAUAACACAAGCUCAACCAGCAUCUUUGUAACAUGGGAUGGUGUUCCGGCUGCUGAUAAAAAUGGUAUCAUUACGAGUUACAACAUCACCUAUCACUCACUGACAGAGAAUCACAGUAACAGUAUAAGAGUGGAUUAUCCAGAUCGCCAAGUGACUCUGAUAGGUCUGAGAGAGUUUGUUAACUACAGCAUCACAGUGUCCGCUUCUACGAACAUAGGACCUGGACCAGCCAGUGAUGCUAUUAUUGUCAUUACUGGCGAAGACAGUAAGUUAUAUGCCACUCGAACAUAAAACUCAUAGAAUUUAGAUAAUAUAUAACUUAUCGCCAACGUGUAAUAUUCUCUAGAUAAUGGUCGAAAAAUGUCAACUAUCCUAUGUAAUGUACACAAAAGUAGCCACCCUCUUAAAUCGAGCAAGUCCCCCGGGUCUGAUCAUCUUUCAUUGCUUUUACUGAGGGAAUGUCCAAUCAAGUUAGUGCCCCCUCUUUCAUUAUUUAACAAUUCCUUCGGUACUGUCCAGGUGCCGUUGUCGUGGAUAAUAACCGAUAUUGAAUCUGUCAAUUUUUUUUGCAAAUAAAACCCCUAUUCCAUGGAACCCUCAUUAAACGGUUACUCUAUAUUUAGGUGGUCACCCCAGAAUUCCCUGCGGUAACUGCUUAAUUCAGGUUCGACUGUGGUUAUGAAUGCGAGUCUUCUCUUACUCUCUUUUAGUAAAGGGUGCCGCUAUCGCAUAAGUUAUUUUGAGAAAACAGCAAAACACAAUUUUCACCAUAUCAACAUUUCCCAUAGACAGUUUAAUACUUGAACGAAUCUUAUCAUUUCUUUGUAUUGCCUUUAGAUCCCGGUGGCCCACCACAAGCUGUCACAAUCGAUGUUUUAUCUUCUACAAGUGUCUCCGUUUCAUGGAAUCCUGUUACUGCUGAUGAUCGAAAUGGAAUCAUCAAAGGAUAUAAAGUGAAUUAUCAAGCCUUACCAAAUGGUGAAAUGGUCGCCAAGUUCAGCAAUAUCAGCAGUCAGCAACAGAAUAAAACACAAACAGUGACUUUAGAUAAUCUGAAUGAGUUUACAAACUACAGCAUUAGAGUGUUAGCAUUCACUUUAGUUGGAAAUGGACCAGCAAGUGUUGCCCAGGUUGUGCAGACACUAGAAGACAGUAAGUUUUAAGUUUUUAAGUCCUUUAAAGUUUUAUGCAAGCAUCUGUGCUUUUAUUUUUGCUGUAACAGCUGUUGUGUUCGUUUCUGCCUCGUACACACCAUAGAGAGUAAUGUAUGUGUAAGAGGUGGUGCGAGAAGACUUUACACCGUAUGAUCACGCGGGAGACAAAGGGAGAAUAAUAAUGUACACCUUGUUUAAUGGUUUAACACGUAAUACAAGCGGAUAUUUUGCGAGUUGCGUAUUCUUUUUGCGCGUGAGGAAAACUUCGAACAAUAAGCAGAUAAUGCGUGCGCUUAUAAUCAAACUUUUUCUAACAGUUUAUUUGCAUUUGGAAUGAAUGCAAUGAUUUUACAUGACACAGACUUUAUAUCUUCUGUUAAGGCCGUCAUGAGCGAAGAUAUAAUGAGAAGUGGAAAUCCUUUUGACAUAAUAUUUGUAAUAAGGAAUCCUGGUGCAAUUAGCUAUAGUUUUCUUAAUUGUCUGAGUUUAUCUUCAGUUCUGGCAAAGUUAGUUCUAGUUGGGUAUUAUCAACUGAGUUGGCAACGUAAAUUGGCCUCCGUAAAGAGUUUUAAAGCUGACGUUUCGAGCGUUAUCCCUUCGUCAGUGCUCUGACAAGGGGCUAACGCCGAAACGUCUAAAACGUCAAGACGUCAGCUUUGAAACUCUUUUCAUUGGCCAAUUUACGUUAUCAACUCAGUUGAUGAUACCAAAUUGCCCUGUUAUACUUUCCUUCCGAGACAGCACCACAGUUUCUUCAAAAAGCUAUCCCCUUUAGUCGUUCUCUCCUCAGUUUGCUUCCCGUAAAAAGUUCAUGUACAAGACCUUGCGAUAAAUUUUCUUUGCUUUCAGAGCCUAGUGGGCCACCACAACUGGUCUCAACUAGCGAUGUGACAUCUACAAGUAUCAAUGUAUCCUGGGGUCCUGUCCCCGCUGAUGAUCGAAAUGGAAUCAUCCUAGGAUAUAAACUAAAUUAUCGAGCUUUACCAAAUGGUGGCAUCGUUACCGAAUUCCUCAAUAUCAGCAUUAAACAACAGGAUGAAGGAGGAACAAAGACGCUCCAGACUCUGAAUGAAUUUACAAACUACAGCAUUGAUGUGUUAGCAUUUACUUUAAUAGGAGAUGGACCACGAAGCGUUCCCAAGUUUUUUCGAACACAGGAGGACAGUAAGUUGAACUAAUAUCCUCUCUCUAUUGUGUUACUCAAGGUAGAAUGUAAUACAAUGUGAUUAAAGCGUAGAAUGUACAUAGUGUAAUUACGUCUGACUCCCAAAGGAUACUCAAAGCACGUAUUGUAGAUACGCUGUGAUCUGAUGAGGAAAAUCUAUGCUGUAACUUGCAAAUGUUAAAGUGACUGACCCAAUUCAUUUUAGACAUUUUGUACUAACGUCUUCCUUCAAAUUGAUGGAUUCGAAUGAAAUCAGAAAAAAAGUUGAGACACAUAUGAGAGAAACUUCUAUGAAUGGGCGUGCUUCUAACUUAGACAAUGCUUUAUAGUUAAUCAGCUCUGGAGAUGAAGCUUAUCGCUUCCAAACACAUUUUCGGUUAUAUUUGUAUUGAAUCUCAAGGAGCUCUUUCGCAAUUGAAUGUUCGAACGCAUGUCAAUACUUUUGCGUAAGUUUUUGUACAUUGAGUGUCCUCUAGGGUCAGCUGAAAACGGAAAGCAUGCUUCAUGGAUUACUCACGGCUUGAUGAAGUCGUGUAAAAAAAAGAAGGGGCUCAACAACAAAGCAACAAAGCAACAAGAUCUGGCCGACAAAAGUCAUGGACGCGUACUGCUCCAUAAACACAUUCUAAAAAAAGCUGGCAACUCUUCCCGGAGGGAACACAUUAAUAAGAUCUCUGGAACCCGAAAUCGUUUUAGAUCUACCUCUCAUCGGCCAGUAUAGGAUCAAACAAGCUAACCUCCCUGAAAGUGAAUGAUGUAACCAUGAGAGAGGAUUCAGAUGUUGCUGAAAACAUGAAUUUUACAUCCGAUGAUUAUACAGAUAUUUUUAUGUAUAACAAUGUCUGGGAUCUCAAACUGUCAACUAUCCUAUGUAACGUUAAUGAAAUCAGCCAGCUUUUAAAAAACUAAACCUGAGCAAGUUUUCCAGUCCUGAUUAGAUUUCACAGCUUGUACUGUCUUUGUCUUGCCUUGUCUUUGUUCAUGAUUAGUUUUGGCAGUUCCUUCGAUACUGGCCAGGUGCCGUUGUCGUGGAAAAUAACCGAUCUUAACUCAUAUAUUUCAGAACCUUCUGCUGCUCCUAUGAAUGUGAGCGGACAUAACACAAGCUCAACCAGCAUCUUUAUCAUUUGGAAUGAUAUUCCAGCAGCUGAACAGAAUGGUAUCAUCACAAGUUACAACAUCACCUAUUACUCACUGACAGAGAAUCACAAUAACAGUACAACAGUCGAUUUUCCAGAUCGUCAAGUGACUCUGACGGGUCUGAAAAAGUUUGUUAACUACAGCACCACAGUGUCUGCCUCUACGAAGAUAGGACCUGGACCAGCCAGUAAACCCGUUAUUGUCAGUACUGGCGAGGAUAGUAAGUGAUUUUGUUUUUAGUUUGAUGUUCGUCGUUGCAUGUUAGAAACUUGGCGUUGGUAUGAAUAUUUAGAAUAGUUUAUAAUGGAACGAGAUGAUGCGAGGCACCUCUUACAUUUGAGUUUUGUUCGUUUUUGUGCUUGCUGUGCCUUCGAUUUUGGAAGGCCUGUGUAAACACUAUGAUACCGUGUUGUUUAAGAAAAGAAUGUGAUUGGGUUUCUUUGAAUUCAUUUAUGGUUUUGUCCGGUUUAGUUCGAUGUCGGUUCAGCGCCCUACCUCUGUAUUUCGACUUGUUAUCGAUUUGAGCGUAAAAGCUUCGUCGUAAAAUGUUCUCACAUGUGCAUAUUAUUUUACUCUGAAAAUAUAUAACCUAUCUUACUCUGAACAUAUCUACCCAUAUGUGGUUAUCGUUCACUUCAGAGCCUUCUGCUGCUCCUUUGAAUGUGAGAGGACAUAACACAAGCUCAACCAGUAUCUUUGUUACUUGGGAUGAUGUUCCGGCUGCUGAUAAAAAUGGUAUUAUUACGAGUUACAACAUCACUUAUCACUCACUAACAGAGAAUCACAGUAACAGUACAACAGUGGAUCAUCCAGAUCGUCAAGUGACUCUCGUGGGUCUCAGAGAGUUUGUUACCUACAGUAUCACAGUGUUUGCUUCCACGGUGAAAGGAAAUGGACCUGAAAGCGAUCCUGUUAUUAUCAGUUCUGGCGAAAAUAGUGAGUAAUUUCGCUUUUAGACUAAUAUUCUUUGAUGCAUUUCAGAAAUCAGUUCUCACCUCUUAACACAGUCCAGUCCGGUGCUAGACCUGAUAUAGCCAGUAACUUUUUUUUUUAUGGACAAUAAAAAAAGAAAAGAUGGUACUGAUUAUUUCGCCGUUUAAAGCAGUUCUAACCUCAUUUAUAUCAGAACCAUCUGCUGCUCCUUUGAAUGUGAGAGGACAUAACACCAGCUCAACCAGCAUCUUUGUCACUUGGGAUGAUGUUCCGGCUGCUGAUAAAAAUGGUAUCAUUACGAGUUACAACAUCACUUAUCACUCACUGACGGAGAAUCACAGUAACAGUACAACAGUGGAUCAUCCAGAUCGUCAAGUGACUCUCAUGGGUCUCAGAGAGUUUGUUAACUACAGCAUCACAGUGUUUGCUUCCACGGUGAAAGGAAAUGGACCUGAAAGCGAUCCUGUUAUUAUCAGUACUGAGGAGGAUAGUGAGUAAUUUCGUUUUAGGAUUAAUGUUGUUCGUUGCAUUUCAGAAAUCAGAUCUUACCUGCUAACAUUGUCCAGUCCAGUGCCAGAUCUAAUAGAGGCAAUAAAAUUUUUAAUUUUUUUUUUUUAUGGACAAUAAAAAAAAACGAUGGCAUUGAUUAUUUCGCUUUUUAAAGCAGUUCUUACCUCAUUUAUAUCAGAACCAUCUGCUGCUCCUUUGAAUGUGAGAGGACAUAACACAAGCUCAACCAGCAUCUUUGUAACAUGGGAUGAUGUUCCAGCUGCUGAUAAAAAUGGUAUCAUUACGAGUUACAACAUCACUUAUCACUCACUAACGGAGAAUCACAUUAACAGUACAACAGUGGAUUAUCGAAAUCGUCAAGUGAUCCUGAUGGGUCUGAGAGAGUUUGUUAACUACAGCAUCACAGUGUCCGCUUCUACCAUGAUUGGACCUGGGCCGGCUAGUGAUGUUGUUAUUGUCAUUACUGGCGAAGACAGUAAGUGAUUUUGCCACUCGAACAUAAAACUCGAAUUCAUAUAAUUCAUAUCUUUUUGCCAACGUGUUAUGGUCGUAGUCAUUUUUGGUUGCAUGAAAGCGUCAAACAGGCUUGAAAUUUCUAACAAGAAGGCAAUUUUGGCCUUUAAACCCGAAAGGGUGAACACAUAUACCGUAAUCACCACAAAGGAAAAGUAUAUCAAGAUAUUUCUUAAUCCUCAACCAAUUAGAGCAACUAUCUGAGCAAUAUAGUGACAUCUUAAACAUAUACUUGGAUAUUUUGUUUGUUUUUUUCUUUUUUAUCACUGGUUUCGACAGAGUGAAGAAAUUUUUCAUUAAAACUGAUCUUUGUGUUUUGUUCAAGGAUAUUGCUGUACUCUCCUUUCAUUUAAUUGCCGAUUUUUUUUACAAAUAGAGAUGAUAAGUUGUUAACUCAGCCAAAGCAAAUAAUACUUACUCUCCUAACUUUUGCUGCUCAUGCGAAAACGAAGUCUCUUAUACAGUUUUUUUCCUUUGUUCACUUCAGAACCUUCAGCUUCUCCCUUAAAAGUGAGAGGACAUAACACCAGCUCAACCAGCAUCUUUGUAACAUGGGAUGAUAUUUCAGCUUUUGAGCGGAAUGGUAUCAUCAUCAGUUACAACAUAACGUAUCACUCCAUGCCAGAGGGUCAUAGUAACAGUACAACAGUGGAUUUUCCAGGUCGUCAAGUGACUCUAAUGGGUCUAAGAGAGUUUGUCAAUUACAGCAUCACAGUAUCUGCUUCUACAGUGAUAGGACCUGGACCAGCUAGUUAUCCCAUUAUUGUCCGUACUGGCGAAGGUGGUAAGUGAUUUUGCCAUUCGUUUGAUGUUGUAUAUUGCAUUUCAGAACCUCAGAGUCCUUAAAUAUAGUCAGCCACGUAUGUGAUUGAGCCCAUCGUUCAAUCCAGUAACCUAUGAUUGAUAUCGCCAUACAUCCAAGACAUGAGCCUUUUACAUUGACAUUGAAAAAGAAAUAACCGGAUAGAGUGAAACCUUGUCUACCGGCCACCUCGGUAAUACGAUCACCUCGUUAUUACGACCGCUUUUUCAUGCCCGGAAAAUCGGCCAUACGUUUUCUUAAUAAAACCUUCGUUGACGUUUUCACAUUCUAAAACUGCCAAGAACAACAUUUUAAAAUCCUUAACAGUAGAAUCCUUGGUAAUUUCAAUGGCCUUAAUGGGGUUAUCUGUUAGUCGUAAAAUAGCCAAUAACUCAUCUGUUACGCAUAAAAAUUGACAACUUUUGACUUCAGUCGUAAAAAAAACAGUUUAAAAAUUUCUGGUGACAACAAUGGCAAGAUGUUAACCGUUUGCCGUAAAUUGGCCAAAAUUUUAACCUUCAGUCGUAAAAGCCAUCUUAAUGCGGCCACGAGCGUUUAAAGUAAAAACCCAAAACGCCAUUCACAUGUGGAUGUCAUUGAUCUCUGUCAUUUAUCGAUAAAUAGCCUAUUUAUUUAUAACGAAGCAACGCUCCCCCCUGUUUUCAUGACAAACAUGAUAAAGGAAAUAAACCUUAACGACCUUAUUUGAAAAUAUAAUAACUGGUCGACUAAUUAACUCGCAAACGUCCACCUUGUUAUCAUCGUAGUGAAAUUGUCCUAUUGGGAAUUCCUCCUUCGUGGACGUGAACUUUGCUCAUAUCACAAGAAAACCACCCAAUGCAACAGACAGGGCAAAUUUCUUGCACGGUCUUGCGAGAUCUACCUGUGCUAUAUAAAAUCUGCACUACGUUCCUGAAUUGCUGUAUUACAUACAGAAAAGGCAGAGAUUGCCAUGGGAUGUCAACCUAGCAAAUGUCAUAGCUGAAAUUUUGCAACUCAUUUCAUCUGUGAUAAGUGGAUUUAGCUGAGUGGUACGAUUGGCUGCUUCGACUGUCCGAUUACAGUCGUCCGAUUACAGCCAACUGUCCGAUUACACUGUCCGAUUUCAACUAUACAGAAUAAGUGAAAAAUAAAGCAGCUAAUUCACCGAUCACAUUUGAGGAAAUUAUUAUAAUUGUGACUAGACUUGCUUUCAUUGAUCUGCAUUCUGACGAAUUUCAUUUGGGGUAACAGAUAGCUAGGAGUACGUAGCACCAAAUGAAUUUUUUGAUCAGUUGAAAAUUCGUGCGUUUAGGUGUUCCGCUCCCACAUUAUCCGCACGAAAAUUAAGCCCUUAGUCUUUGGAAGAAAUGGGAACCUCAAUAGAGAAACAAGUCGUUUUAGUCGGUGCAGUCAGGAAUAUAAGUGGCCUGGUGCGAACCCCCUGACGGUCUAAGACGGACCGAAAACUGUAGUAAUGCUGCUCUCAGCUCUGUUACUAUUGUUUUCAGUGGAAAAUACACAAAUCAAUGAGUUGAAUAUGGUAUUGAUUAUCUAGAUGUGCAGGUACUUCUUACUUUCUUUAUUUCAGAACCUUCUGCUGCUCCUACGAAUGUGAAUGGACAUAGCACAAGCUCCACAAGCAUCUUGGUCACGUGGGAUGAUGUCCCAGCUUUUGAUCAGAAUGGUAUCAUCACGAGUUACAACAUUGCCUAUCACUCGCUGAAAGAGAAUCACAGUAACAGUACAACUGUGGAUUCUCUUAUUCGUCAAGUCGCUCUGACGGGUCUGAAAGAGUUCGUCAACUACAGCAUCACAGUUUUUGCGUCCACGGUGGUGGGAAAUGGACCAAGCAGUGGUUCUAUAAUUGUCAGUACUGACGAAGAUAGUAAGUUAUUUUACCUUUAGUUUGACGUUCAUCUUCGCAUUUGAGAAACUUUGCGUCCAUAUGAUUUUGGUUAGACUCGUUUGUAGUCGAACGAAUGACGAAAGGCACUUGAUAUAUCUAAAUUUUUGUUUUGCUUUGUUUUUUUUUCCACCUUCAGAAUCAAGAAUUUGGCUAAAACUUUUUAUUAAUUCUAUAAUCGGAAUCUUAUUUAUUUUCCAACAAUUAUGUUUGUUAUAUACUAUCAUUAUUUUUUUAUUCUGUUGGUUUUUUGUUUGUUUGUUUGUUUGUCUUUAAUUACGGUUUCCUGUCAACCAUUCAGAUUAUUAAUACGAUUUCUGCCAAGGGAGCUAAUGUAAUUCAAAUUUCUGUCCUUCCCCUAUUCGAAUGAGUAUAUUUUCCUCUUAAGUGUUAUUCACUUUAUGUCAAAAUAGAGUAAAUGUCACGUCAGGCGUUUUCUACAUAAGUCCCCUUAGACUACUUCCUUGGAAAACAAAGUAUCUUAUGUUCUUUCUGUUUACUUCAGAGCCUUCUGCUCCUCCCAUGAACGUCGCUGGACAAAGCAUCAGCUCAACCAGCAUCUUAGUCACGUGGGAUGAAGUUCCAGUGGCUGAACAGAAUGGUAUCAUUACAAAUUACAAUAUUAGCUAUCACUCACUGACAGAGAAACACAGUAGCAGUGCAACAGUGUAUUAUGUCGCCCGCCAAAUGACUCUGACUGGUCUAAGAGAGUUUGUUAACUACAGUAUCACGGUGUUUGCAUCUACAGUAGUGGGAAACGGACCAGCCAGUGAUCCUAUUAUUGUCAGUACUAGCGAGGAAAGUGAGUAAUUUUGCUUUUAGUUCCAUGUAUUAACAUAAUAUUUCAGAUGAUAACGAGAGAAAGAAAUGUAAGUCACAUUUUAUCCCCUUCCUUCAAAGGGAUAAAGGGACAGAAAAAAUGAUAAAAGCUAAAAGUGAAUGAAACAAAAUGAUAAUCUAUGAUGGUUUGGCAAUAUUUGGUGGUGAGGUAGAGUCAAUCAUGCUAGAAGUGUUUUCAACAUGAACACCGUUAUGGCCUUUUAAAUCCGAAGAGUUAUACGCCCUUGUUGUCUAAUCACCGCUCGGGAUGAUUAUGGAAGAUAAUGUUCAAUCCUUGACCAUUUUGAGCGCGUGUAUAUCUAUUGCUUCCUGUAUGGUUAUACCGAUACCUUUUAUCUGUGAAUUUUUACAUAAUAUCGUUAUUUGUCGUUUUCAUUAUAAUCCCAGGGCAUUCUUUGCUUUUCUUUUUCAUAGGUUGUUACAACAUAGUAAAAAGUCUCUUAUAAUACUAGCCUUUGUGCUUAGUUUACCUUGUCUAUUGUUGUAUUUUCAUGAUCAUUUGGUUAGCCGCUUUUUGCCAAGGGGAGAUAUGUCGCAGACUCAGCCAUAGCGAAUGAUUCUUAUCCUCUUUAUUUUAGAACCAUCGGCUGCCCCUGUGAAUGUGAGAGGACAUAACACCAGCUCAACCAGCAUCUUGGUAGAGUGGGAUGAUGUUCCAGCUUUUGAUCAGAAUGGCAUCAUCACGAGUUACACCAUUACUUACCGCUCACAAACAGAGAAUCACAAUGUCUUUGCUAUAGCUGGCCCCAAUGACAGUCAAAAGGAAUUAAGAGGUCUUAGGGAGUACGUCAAUUACAAUAUCACAGUACGUGCGUCGACUUCGAAAGGCGAUGGACCAGAGAGUAGCCCUGCUAUUGUUGUUAGAACAGACCAGGAUAGUGAGUACUGUUCUUGGACAAACUCUCCUGUCCACGUUUAAUACUGAUGUUUGUGUCUAUCUUCCAGUUAUAGCUAUUUAAAUUUGGAAAGAAGUUGAUUUGAGUCUUAAAUGAAGUAGUUUCGUGUGUGUUAUUACAUUGUGGAAGAUAAAAAAAAAAAAGAUAAGAAAAAAUUCCCUUGGAAAAACCUUCUGCCCAAGCAAUAUUUUUUUUAAAUUAAAAUCUGGAGAAGCUUUGAAUGAAUAUUGACUUGUAAGUUAUCUUUUUUUAUCUUUUUUUUAUGCGGGAAAGUUUGAUUAUGCAGCUUUAUUCAAAAGUUAAUAACGUCAGAAAUGUCGGAAAUCUUGCAGUAAGGGCGCUAUGGCGCUAUUAUUGUCCCUUUUCAAUCAUCGUUGUUUUUUCUCUUCGGAUUUUUCUUGUCCUAUGGUGUUUUAUAAAGCAAAAUGUCUAUUUCAAAGUGUCCAUUAAUUUGCUUUACGAAUGCAACUGCAAGACUCAGCAAAAUGGCUUUCAUUAUCUUAACGUAACGCCGCUAAAGAAUGAAGUUAUGAAAUCAUCAUUUACUUGCCACUGAUUUUCAGGACCCAGUGCUGCCCCUCAGAAUUUACGUUCAAUCCAUACGACUUCAACAAGCAUAUUUGUCAUAUGGGAUGAAGUUUUUCCCGAGGAACAGAAUGGUAUCAUUAUUAGUUACAACGUCAGGUAUUGGGCGAUACCAAUAGGAUCUGCUGGGCCUUUUUUUUCGAAAUUAGUUAGGGCUCCAACAAGGCACGUGAACCUGACCGGCCUAACAAAGGAUAUGCAUUACAACAUCAUUGUGUUGGCAUCCACAAUCAAGGGCGACGGUAUUUACAGCAACCCAAAGACGUUGAGAACAAACGAAGACAGUAAGUCCGUAUUUUUUAAUUAUGUGACCAUAGAAAAUAAAAUCACGCGAUAUAGCUUUCUGUUAUUAAUUACAAGUUGCGGCAACAUCAGAAAGAUCGGAUCGGGUCCACUUCCGAGUAAAACAGUUCUCGUAUGAAUACAGUUACAUACUGGUUAAAUCCAGCGGGAGUGACACCAUGUAUGUCGACCUUCUAAAACACGAACUUUUUUCUAUGUCAUACACUUAAACGGGUGAAUACGGGAUUCGCGAAAGGAGAAGCCUUACAAAGCCUGACAAACUUAUCUCUGACGUUAUUUUCUGCGGGAGAGACUGAUACUUAAAAAAAGAAAAAAAAAAUGGCGCGCACACAUGAAAAUAUUACCUUUUGUAACACAAUCUCAUCCGGCUUUGCCAAGAACAUACAGAUGGGGAAAUGACACCUUAAAACUAACCUUUAAUAUCACAUUGCAAAUGGAAGUCAUUAAAGGAUAUCCUAAUAACAGCUAAGCUUUCAGCUUAGAAUAUUUAAAAGCGCAAGCGAAUGGCAGGAGUCGUUCAAGCUAUCAACACCUUUUAAAGAUCGACAACCUUUUGCUUUCCGGCUUACCCGGUGUUUCGCCGUGCGCAUUGUAGAGUUAUUCAUUGGAAAAGUGACUCCGUUCAUAGCUCAAAUAUAACUGUCCUUCAUUCAAUGAUCAAGAUAGUAGAUUUACCAUACAACACUCGCGAUAAGUUAAUUUCCUUUUACUUACGAAAGUAGAUUUACAACACAAUUGAGUAUAUAAUAUUAACGCUGUGUAACGCAACAAUGAGCCUUUUCUCGGCCAUAAUCGGUCUCAAACACCCGCGCUUAAAAUGCAGGAACACAUGUACCGUUGGAGAGCGUUUGAAAGCGUUUGGUCAGAGCUGUUAAAGAAGGAUAAAAGUAGCCAUCAAAAUCUUUGGAAGGCUCCAAAUUACGACGUACAUCAAAUUUGACCUUCUUAAAAUCCGGUCUAAAUUUAAAUACAAAAAAACAGUGAUCACGUUUGUCCCUGAGAACCAUAGAAUACGCGACAAAUACGAACAAAAAAUACUUUUACACAUUCAGAAUAAAUCAACUUACAUUUACCUAUGGUGAAAGGAAAACGGAACGGCCUAACUUUUACGGAAUGUUCAGUCAAAAUCUGCCGAAUUCUGCUGCUUUCACCGCCAUAUUGAAAAUGAAGCUACAACAAUGCAACGCAAUCGGAGUGCGCACACCGCCUGCUUUAGUUCUAUCUCUAUCAGUUUAUCAGAGGCGUGCUAUUUCACGCAUUUACCUUAAUUAAAAUCAAUUGUUAAAUAUCACAAAAGUCAAUAUGUUAGCAAGCGCCAUAUACCUCCGAGCUGCCAAAGAGAGAAAAUCGCGAGUCAGGUGUUUAAUUUUUGACCACCAGAUAGUGUUGAACAUUAAUCGCCACUUCUGUGACAAAUGUCUUUAAUUUUCCACCUCUUCGUCUUUUCACAGGGCCCGGUGCACCUCCUCAGAAUGUACAAGGUUAUAACACUAGUUCGACCAGCAUUAAUGUUACAUGGAAUGAGGUGCCGAAGAACAAACAGCAUGGUGAUAUAAUCCGCUAUACUGUCAUGUACAAAAAUACAACAAAUGUCAUUUACGAGUCAGUAACACCAAUAUCUGGAAAAUUUGUUGAAUUAGAAGAACUUGAUAAGUUCACAUUUUACGACAUCAAGGUUUUAGCUGCCACCAAUUUAGGGAAUGGACCAGCAAGUUUUCCUAUCAAAGUCCGAACAGACGAAGACG